AUGGCGGCGACCUCCUGCCUCAGCCCCAAUCCCUGCCUGCCCACUGCCCCGCUCGGCCCUGCCCACCCCGAACCUGCCCUGCCCACCGCCCAGUUCUGCCUCAGCCCCGGUCCCUGCCUGUCCACCGCCCCGCUCUGCCCACCCCCUCGCCCUGCACUGCCCCAGCGAAGCUCGCCCUGGCACUGGCAGAGGGCUGCAGUCGCCACCCUCCGUUACCGCCUCAGCCCUGCGGAGCCCGCCCGCCGCCGUCUGGGCCUGGGCGCCCCUGGGAGGCCGGAGCCCGCGUGCGCACACUCACGCGCGCUGCUAAGCACCGACCGCUUGGGGCGGCCCGGGAGGGUCCCCGCCGGCGCGGCUCGCAGGCCCCCGUCGGCUCGCCCAGCCUCGCGUGGAAAGCCGGGCCGCGGGGAGCGGGGCGCCCGCGGGGAGCGGCUCGGGGAGCCCCGGGCCGCGCGCGCCCCGCCGUGCCCGCUCCACGCCUGCCCUGGCGCGGGCGCCCCGCGGGACCGGGCACGCCUGCCCUCGGCUCCGGCGGCCUCGGGGCGGGGUGCCACACGCCUGGCGGGGUCUGGCCCCAGGACCCGGCUGCGCCGCCGCGGCUCCCCUGCGCGCCCUGGCUGCCCGGCGGAGCCCGCGCACAGCCCGCCCGCGCGUGGGGAGGCGCCCGGCUGGCGGCCUACCUGCGGGUCGGGUCGGGACGCGGGAGGCCGAGCCUCGCUUUCGGGAGACGCUCGUCUGUGGCGCUGCUGCUGUUUUCAAUCUCCUUCCGCGCUCAGCCCCCCAAACCGCAAACUUCACUUCCUGAGCGUUAGCGGCGCUCGCCGGCCCUCUCACACCCCCAGGGGGGGCUCUCACACCGUGCCCAGCGGGGGGCGGGGGGUGGCGGGCCGUGAGCGUCCCUCGCACGAGCGGCAGGGACAGGGCGCCCUGGCGCACGGCCUCCGGGCACGCCCUCCCCGCGUUUGCCCGUGGGCCAGCGGCCACGUGUGGAGGGCAGCAGGAGAACCCCGCAGUGCCCUGCGGCCUGGGCGCGCCCGGGGCGAGCGGUCGCGCCCUCGGGGCCAGGUUUCGGGGCUCCCGGGCCCUGCCAGGCCACGGCGCGCACCGCGGGACCUGCGCCCCGAAAUAGCCUGUUGUGGAGACGCGGGGGAGGUGGGCGAGCGGCCGGGCCGGCGGCGCCUGGGGGGGGGGGUCCCGGCCUUCCGGCCGCGGGGCUCGCCCACGGGGGGCGUGAGCGCUGCGGGGGAGGCGGGCAGCGGCUCGGCCCGCGGGCACUGCCCCCCUCCCCCGGGCAGCGCUCUCCCCCGGGCAGCGCCCCCACCCCGUCCUCGCACCCACGCGCUCGCCCCGCUGGUUCGGGGACAGCGACCCAGCCGUCGGGGCUGGUGCCACACCCGCCGUGGGAGGCGCCGGGCCGGCACCGCUGCGCCCUGGCCCGUGACUGGGCGUCGUGUCCACGCGGCCUGUGGCGCCGUCUGCCCGCCGCGCUCGGGCAGCGCCUUCCCCGCGGGUGGGCGAGGGGACUCGACAGUUCCCGCCGUGGGCGCCUCAGAGUCCGUCCACCCACCACCCACCCCCCCGCCGUGCUCCCCGACCGGGAAAAUCAAAAAUUGGAAAUUGCAGACGCGACGGGGUUAA